AUGCCGUCGUGUCAAGAAUUGCGAGACGCCCUCGCUCAAUGCCUCCAGGAAUCAGACUGCAUCAUGGUCUACCGCAACAAGCCCACCGACUGCCUCCGCGACCCCCUCUACUCGACGCUCCCAACCAAGUGCCAGCAGCUCAAGCGGGGAUACGGCGAAUGCAAACGCGGCCUGGUCGACAUGCGCAAGCGCUUCCGCGGACACGUGCCGGUCGAAUAUCGCAAUGUGGAAUCCGCUGACGGGAAAAGCUACCAGCUGUACGCGGGCAAAUCUGCGUUUGGCGGCGGCGUCAAGGAGACGGAUGGCAACGAGCCGAUUCCCAAGGACUGGAGGGAGAUUGAGAAUGAAAAGUACCGAUUGGAGCAGCAGCAGCAGGCUCAGAACAAUAAAUAA